AUGGGCCCAUCGAAAGUCAUUCCUUACUACUUUAAAGCAUCCGAAAAUUUUGAUCAUGAGGAGAUUACAAUGGCUACCCUGGUUACCUAUAACAGAUUUAAAGUACUUGCUCGACUUGCCUCUCAUUACCGCGGGCCUAUUUCUGUUGCCCUUCACGUCAAUGAUGAUGAAGAUAAAUACCAAAUCAUCUCUGACCUUCACGACCUUUUCGCCGAAAAUGAAGAUAUGAGACGUUAUGUGGAUCUCCAUCUUGUUGUCGAUAAAUUUGACCGUCAAUUCAAUAUGUGGCGUAACGUGGCCAAAUUCUUUGCUCGCACCGAUUUUAUCAUGAUGCUGGAUGUUGACUUUUAUCUAUGCACUGAUUUCAGAGAAUCUUUGAAGAAAGAGCCUGAACUGAUGAACAUUUUACGUGCUGGUAAAGGUGCUAUUGUCGUUCCCGCUUUUGAAUAUAUCAACGAAGCUGAUGGUGAAGAUUGGAAUGUAUUCCCUACCAACAAAAAGGACUUAUUGGUUGAUGUGAAGGCCGAUAGACUCGAUAUGUUCCAUAGAAGUUGGACGCGUGGUCAUGGUUCAACUGAUUACGAAAAGUGGUAUAAGUCAACCAAGCCUUAUAAGGUUACCGAUUAUAAUUACUCGUACGAACCCUACGUUAUUUUCAAGAAAGAAGGCACUCCUUGGUGCGAUGAACGUUUCGUUGGUUAUGGUGCUAACAAGGCUGCCUGUUUGUAUGAAAUUUAUUUGGCUGGCAUUGAUUACUGGGUCUUACCAAGUGAUUUCUUAAUUCACCAAACUCACCAUUACCCCGAAGAUACACGUGCUAAGGAACGUACAUACAAUAAGAAAUUAUACGAUUACUACAGAGAAGAAGCUUGCUUGCGUUAUGCCCGUCUCAUGAUUGCCAAUAAUGAAUGGAACACCGCCAAGUCUGAAAAUCUCAAGAAUGAAUGUGGUAGACUUCGUGGUUUCAACGAUGUCAUUGAAAAGAUCAUAGAACAGCACGAAGAGUUAUAA